CGGCAGGAUUGCGUCAAGGCGGCGUCGUGACGGCCCGUGAACGACAGCACAACGGCUGACGCUGACGUGCAGGAAUCGCUGCCUGUAACGAGGCCUUUGUUGACAGAGCAACCCAAGAUGGCGGAAAGCUACGAGACACUGAUAAACAGCAAUGACGUUUUACAAGAGGAUCUGCCCUUGGAGGAAAGAGAAUCCGAAAUGAUCCCCGAGGAGGAGGAGAUUGCAAGUGAGGAGGAGAUGAAAGAUCAUUCUAGGGAUGGAUGCAUCAAUUCGCAGACGCGGGAACCGCAGCCUUGCCGCGGUCAAACGCCAUGCGACAGCUCCAAGAGCAUGCAGCGAGCAUCAGUCACAGAUGCGAGUGAUGCUGAGAAGACGAAGCUGCGACACGAGAAUCAGCAUCUACGGAGGCUGAACAGCAUCCUCCAGCAGCAGCUCGAGGUGCUGAGAGAGGGCCGUGACGUCGAUAUUGAGACUGCCACCCAUCUCCGCGAACACGUCUCACAACUGCAGGCCGAUCUCGACCACAGCAAGCAAUGUCUGACCGGCUCGUGGCGAGGUGGUUUGUAAAACACACCCAUCGUUAACAUCACCUACGACCUGCAUUAGUCGCAACACCAAGGCAAACAGCAACGGACAAACUAAAUCGCGCAGCAUGGAUAGGAUGCCUCGCGCCUACUCGACCGACCUCCCGAGUCCCAGCUACCCUGACGGCACUGACGUCAUCGGUUGGAACAAGAGUCCACGGAGAAACGCGUCCAGUCACAGCUUAUCAAGAGACGGCAGCCUAGGGAAACUGAAGAAAGAGAAGGCGUUCGGCUCCCUAUCACGUCUCUUCAGCAAGCGACCGCGCAAGCACGGAGACGCGUGUUCAUCCGAUGCCGACAGGGGGCACUUGUUUGGUUCGUAUCGUCGAGGUGACGUCACCGAUAAAACAUCUGAGAAGUUGCGUCUGAUGGAGGAAGCGCGGACGUCGCCGCUAGAGGAUUGGAAGCAGCCGACUCUCCUCACGUGGCUGGACGUCAGCUUACACAUGAACGCCUACCACAGCUACUGCGCCCAGAACGUCAAGAACGGCAAGGUGAUGGCGGGGCUGACGGACAUCGAACUAGAAACGCUUCUAGGAAUAUCGAAUAGAAUGCAUAAAAAGAAGCUCAUACUGGCAAUCGAGGAUGCGAAACAUCCGCUACACUGUAGGUACCAGAAGAUAUCUGGUAUGGAUGAUGUCUGGGUGACGGAUGUGUGGCUGCCCAGUGUCGGUCUGGGACAGUACAGCGACCUCUUCCGGAUGAAUCUUGUCGACGGGCGCGUGCUUAACACCCUCAAGAAGAAGGAGCUGGAAAAAUACUUCAACAUUUCGCGAAAGUUUCAUCAGGCGAGCAUCUUCUGUGCUGUAGACCUGCUGCGAAUGUUCAGGUUCAACAAGCAGGAAUACUCAGGUUAUCUGUCCAAUAGUGGCGUCCACGGUGCGCUUAUUGUCAUGGAGAAGUCGUUCGACGCCGACACGCUAGCAACAGUUCUAAACAUUCCCGUGUCCAAGCUAGAAUUGCGCAGACAGCUAGCUUCAGAGUUUGACGCCCUCAUGAACUUUGCUCGUGCCGCUUACGACAUCGAGCAGCAAGCAAUGGCACUGCCACCUGCCGGAUUAAACAGAAGCAACUCUUUCUUCCAACGUGCUGGCAUGUCGCCAACGCGUGCACCAGCGGAGAAGAAUAAGAAACGCUCCAGCCUUCGGGGUUCGUUGGGGCGCGCCUUCGGUAGAAUGUACAAGCAACAGCGGCAGCAUUCGUCGACGGGAAACCUUCGCGACCAUCAGCCAACGAGCUCCAAUCCUAUGAUCUCAUCGGACGAAUACAGAAUCAAGUCGCGUAGUGUUGACCUCGACUCAUCGCCCGUGCUCAUCUAUCAUGGCACUACGGUCUGAAUGCUAACGCUGGUCGCUCGUCGAAGCGUUAAUCUUCAAAGAUGAACACUAGUAAGAAAAUUAUUAGAUAGGCGCGCACACGGCUUGCGUGGGACUUCACACACACGCCUUCACCGGUGUUACCCGCACGCUUCUAUCCAUCGCAAUUAUCGCCGUGGAUUAAAUAGAUUCUUUCUCGCUUGUUUCAUCCAAGAUGGCGGAGAUGAUGACGACAGAUCAGCGAACAUGACAAUCGUGGAACGUCGCACCUAAGUUACUUAUAUAGUUAGUUGUAUAUAUACGUGUUGCCGGAUUCCCUUGCUCACGGCGAUGCUAGAUGUGACACGUUAGUCAGAGUACGAACUGCUGGGGCUCAGAACCUGAUUACGUUGUUACUAAUAUAGUGAUGAAUAUUAAAAGUAUGACGUAUCAUGUUAGCGGCCCAGCACUAACACUUGUCCAGCACUAACACCGGUAACUGCAGAGACGCUUCUAUCGUUUUGCCUACUUAUGAUUCAUCGCGGCGCGCGCGCGUGUAUGUUGUGCCAAUACUCGUGUGCUGCCAAUAAUCGGUAUCGGUCCAAUUUAAUCACACACACACACACACACACACGCACGCACGGCACAGCACGGCAGGCAGCGUC